AUGUCUAGGUUGCCAACAGCUGGCUUAACUUUAACAAACAACCCAACCAGAAGGUUAUCUAGAAAACCUUCCGCUGCAGAAUUACGAAAGAGAAAGACCAUCUCAGAAAAUGUACCUCCAGUACCUAAAUCAUCCAAAUCAUUGACGAAAGCACGUUCACGUUCGUUUGUUGCCACCACCUCAGCAACCAUGACUGAAAGCAACUACCAGCAACCAAACGUGCCCAACAGAAUCAUCACCUCUCCCAAACCAUCAUCUAUAAAUCGGCCUAAAUCCCUCUAUAUUGGUGAAAGAAUUGCAGUAGAUUCAAUGGGAAUAAUUGGUACCUUGAAGUUUUUGGGUGAAGCUGAAUUUAAAGAAGGCGUAUGGGCUGGCAUCCAGUUGGAUAUUGUUGGCUCUGGCAAGAACGAUGGAUCGGUGAAAGGCGUACGUUACUUUUCGUGCCCUGCUCAGACUGGUCUAUUUGUUUUAGCUUCAAAGGUAACACCUCUAGGUGAUGACUCCGAUUCCGUAAGAUCGUUGUCUCCGCCCAUUAAUAACAACCGUAAUUCGGUAUCUUUGAUCUCAAACGGGUCCAGGGCUGCUCGUUACAUUGGGCUGACGGCAAAUCAGCUAUCUCAACAACAACAGCAGUUACAGCAGCAGCAGCCAAAGAAAAAGUCUCGCACGCCAUCAUUGUCUGUGCGCUCACCAGUUGCAUCUCUUCAAAGUCCAUUGACAUCCCCUGUGUCCAUGUCUGGUGGUCGUAACAGCCUUCGCAGAUCACAGCCAUUGGUUCAAUCGCCGACGCCUACUCACUACAACCGUGGCAUUCCAUCACCUGCGAUGACUCCAACAAGCCAUAGCAUACAAGACAACGCAGAUGACUAUUAUCACGACUCUUUAUUAUCCUCUUCAUCAGAUGACAUGUUGACUGAAACCCCUAUUCCGGCCAAUUUAGCUUUGUCCAAAUCGAUUACUACUUCCGCUGCUUCCGCCUCCCAUCUUGGCAAUGCCCCUUCGUUGACUUCUCCAUCCACAUCCUCCUCCUCCUUGAAUGAGUCACCACAGGAAAGAUUGGAGCGUAUCCUGGGCGAAGCCAUCUCUCAAGCCCCUGAUGAAACUGUGAUGCGUUUACAGCAGCUGCAGCUGCGUGUCGAAGUACUGGAAGCCGAGAACAAGUUUCUCAAAUUGGAGAAUACUCAAAACAAGACAGCGGAACAGAUUUUAGAGCGAUCUCUUGUGCUCAAAAAGAAAGAUGAUGCAUCUAAUGGUGAGGAGCUCUUUACAUUGGACGGCCAUAAAGCCAUCGUGGAAGAAAUCAAAGAAAACCACACGAACGAAAUUGCAAAAUUAACAGCUCAGCAAAAGGAGACAUUGCAAGCAAUUAAGCGUUUAGAAACAAAAGUACAAGAACUGGAAGCAGAGCAACAAAAUCUCAUCACAGAAAGAGAUAGAUCGCUGUUUGAAAUCAGUACAGUGCGUAAAGAGAAAUCGCUCGUUGAGCAUCGUGUACAUGAAUUAGAGAGCAAGAUUGCUGAAGCUGAAGCUGCAACUGCUGCUGCUCAAGCAGGCGAAAAACUCAUGAUGGAAAAGACAAAAGCUCUGCAACAGCAGCUUGCUUCAUAUCCCACAUCUCAGCCUCAUCAAUUCUUUCAACCUGGCUCUGAUUCGGAUGCAAUGGAUCGUCAAAUGAAGUUGGAAAUGGAGAUGGAGGAAGUUCAUGAAAAGAUGAGCUCUCUGCGUGACGCUGCUCGUGCUAAGGAUAUGUUCUUGGCGUCUCUUUCUGAACAGGUCGAAACCCAUCGUAACGCUGUCGAAGAAAAGGAAAGAGAAAUUCGUCGUAUCAAGGCUGAUUCUGAACGCCACACUCGUGAAAAGGAUCGGCUACUCGAAGAACUGAAAGACGUUGAAACCAAAUGGCUUGCUCAUCAAGACUGUGCCUCCAAGGAAGCGUUUGACAAAGUCAAGAAAGAGCUUGCUGCUGUAAAAGCGAACCUAGCCAAGGAAACCGCUCUAGUGCAAGAAUAUCGCGAGCGUAUCGCUAAUCUCCAACAAUCUGUGGAUGAAUUGAAGGUGGCCGGCAUGGAAAGCAUUGAACUCUAUGAAAGCUCUGUUGAAAUGAACCGAGUUGACCGUGAAGCUCUGAAUGCUAGCUUAGCAGAUGAGCGUCGCAAAGUUGCAUCUUUGGAGGUGGAAAGAGAAGAACUGCGUAAAGCUGGUUUAGAUGCCAUUGAGGCCUACGAAGAGACUAUUCAAGAACUCAAAAAGGAGCGCGCCUUGCAAAUGGAAGAACAUGAAAUCAAACGUGAGGCCCUUCAAUCUACGGUGGAGGCAUUGAAACAAGAAAUUGCCCAACUCAUGAAGAAUGUCGAGACAGAAGAGAAGCAUGCAAUCUUGCAAGAUGUCUGGGAAAGCGAACGCAAGAGACUUACCGAACAGAUUGAAGCUCUUGAACGCGAGAAAUCUAGUCAUGAAGCAUUCAAAAUUGAAGCCGAGGCAUGGAAAGACCAAUCAAAGGAAACCGAGAAACUCACCAAAGAAAAGACCAAGCUUGAAGAGCAGCUGGGUCGACUCCAAGCAGACUUUGAUGAACAAUUAGUAUCUCGUACCAAAUACCUUGAUGAAGUGCGUGCAGCCGUAGAGAGUCAAAAGAAGACUGAAAGUGAACUCCGAAAACUAUCUGAAGCCAAGGAGAAACUCGAGCGAGAGUUUGCAGAGCAAAAGCAACAAUCCUCUCAAAACAAUAGCAGCAAUGUCGAUGAAAAGCAGCACCAAUUACAAAUAGACACAUUCCGUGGUGAAAUCGAAAAGCUGCAAGCACAAAAUGCCAUGUUAUUGAAGCAGAAAGAGCAAGCAGAACAAGGCCAUCAAGAUCUGAAUCAAUAUCAUCAAUUGAUCUCUUCUCUCAAAUCAGACAACAAGAAGAUAUCCAAGGAUUACGCCAAAUUAGAGGAAUCCCACAAACAAGCUGAAAUGGAAUGUCUAAAGCUCAUGGAGGAAGUCGAAAAAUUGCACCAGCAAGCCAGCCAAGAUGAAGUAACCAAGCUUGUGCUCAAGGAAGAUUUGAGCGAAGAUGACAAGAUUGCCAAACUCUUGCAACAAAAUCAAAAGAAGCUGGAGAAACUGAUUAUUCAACAUGCCACUGAAUUGAGAGAAGCCAAAGAAAAGGCUGAGAAGCAAGAGAAGGAUCAGAAACGUCAGGUUGCCAACCUGAAUCGUGAUAUAUCUGAGCUUGAGAGCCUCAUCGAAUCCAAGAUCUUUAAAGAAGCUGACUUGGAAGAAGCGCUUGAGAAGGAACGCAAGCAGGUCAAGAAGUUACAGAUGGAAUUGCAAGAUGUCAAAGAGGAAAAGAAGAUAUUGGUCGAAUCUACAACAUCCUCAUCGUCCAUCAGUAAAGUAGCCCAAGAAGCGCCCAAGAGGGACAACGUCGGAAAGGAUCCUAUUGCCUACUGUGAGCUUUGUGAGGUUAGUGGCCAUGACUUGAUCAGUUGCAAAGCAGUUACAGUCGCAAAAAGAGGCUCUGAUAGGCCUUAUUGCGAAAACUGCGAAGAAUAUGGACUUCAUCUGACCAACAAAUGUCCAAACCAAAACGAAACAUUCUAG